CCCGGCACUUCAGUCUCUAUCGAGACAGUGCAACGUGUGGAUCGUUGUCGUGAGUGUCGGAGUGUCUUUCCUCGCAGAUAUCUAGGAUCGUAGCAUCGUGGAGCGAGCGAGAGCAAGUUCAAAAAGGUCCUCGUAUCUCGUCUACUCGAGCGACUAUUUUCACCCUUGAUUAUUUUCUCGCGAGGAACCAGCGCGACUAGCACAGUGGUAGUUGGGACCAACCGAGGUCGUCGCGUCCGCGAAGCGAAGGAGAAAGAGAUAUCGUCCAGGAGGCACAGUUAACUCGCGACAACGAGGAUGAUGCACGCAAUGAGCGAGCAUGCCGGUGUCGGCGUGCUACCCUUCGACGGGAUGGGUCUGUACGAACAGCCGCGGCCGCCCCGGCUCGUUUUCAAGAUGCCGCGUGUCGUACCUGAUCAGAAGACCAAAUUCGAGAGCGAUGAGCUUUUUAGGAGAUUGAGCCGCGAGAGCGAGGUGAGAUAUACGGGUUACAGAGAUCGACCACAAGAAGAACGACAAGUACGUUUCCAAAAUGGCUGUCGGGAAGGCCAUACGGAGAUCGCGUUUGCGGCGACGGGUACCAAUCUUCAGCUUGUUUUUGGAAACGCAUCCGGGAACUACGCCGUUGAUCCCUGCGACUGUGAUUUCGACAAGGAACAUGGCAAGGUACACCUGCGCUCGCAUCUCAUCAUGAAUGGUGUAUGCGUGAGAUGGCGCGGUUGGAUCGAUCUGGACCGACUCGACGGCGUCGGGUGCCUCGAAUACGACGAGGAGCGCGCCGCCGAGGAGGACGCGCUGCUACGGGAUCAGCUGGAGCGUUACAACCAGCGGCUGCGCGAUUUCGAGGAGAAGCAGCGUGCCUAUCGAAGCGGCGCGGCUUCGGCCGCGCAACCGCCGCAUCUCAACCAUCACUAUCACCACGAUACGCAUCACGCGGCGAGUCAUCACCAUCAUCAUCACGGCCACCACAGCCGACACGUGGGUGGCGCGGGCGCGACCGGCGCUACCGCCACCGGCAUCGAGCCCCACCUGCCGCAUCGCCAGGAUCCCGAGAUGGAGGUGCGACUGCGGGCCUACUGAGGCUCGCGUAGAUCCGACUGCCCCCGAUGACGGACGAGAGAGCUCAUUCUUGGUUUUGGAUCGAUAAUGUUAAACGCGAAAACAGGGUAAUCGUAUCUUCCCUGUUCUUUCGCAUUCUUGGAGGAGAAUGGCAAAUGUGUAAGUGUAUUCGUUUGCCUGUUCUGCGACGUGAACGAUCGAACGUCGCGAGCUCCCGUCCGAUCUGUCACGCAUGCUUUGACAUUGUAAUGCAACGAGUAUAAUAUAUGUUAUCGACAACGAAUUGCAAAAAAUUGCGCGCGGAAAAUGCGUUUUUGCCGUAUGUUCAUCGUGGAAUGCAACCUUGCUUUCGUUUUCUUACGCGUAACAAAUCAAUUAUCCUAGAUUUGGAGGAAUGCGAACUUCACGCAUUAGACCCUGUUGGAUUUGGAGGAAUACGAACUUCACGCAUUAGACCCUGUUGGAUUUGGAGGAAUGCGAACUUCACGCAUUAGAGAAGUUCCUAUUUCUCUUAUAACGAGAUUUAGUGCGCAUUGUACUUAAAGGCCGUCGAUGAUGUUCUCGUACAACAGUCUGGUUAAAUGAAUGUCAAUCAUAUUUGGGCGAAUUCAAAAUUGUCUGUAAAUAUAUAAAUAUAUUAUAUUUAAUAUAUUAUAUUAUAUUUAAUAUAUUAUAGUUUAUAUAAAUGAAAUAAUUCUUUUUAAACGAUUCCUUCUUUAAUAUAAUUGAUCAUUCAUCGUAGGCUUGUUUAAAUUCUGUCAAUUCUUCGAUAUAUUUCUCGCGCGAUAAAUUUCAAAAAUGGAAGUAAUUUAUUUUCAAGGAUUUUGCAUGCAUCAUUUUGCAAUGGCGAUAUAAAUAGCGCUCAUCUCUGAUGUAUCAACUGACCGCUCGAAGGUCGCAGCGCUCGUAUAAGCAUAUUUUAUAUAAGUAUAUCCUGCGAUCCAACAUACGAUUCGUCAUGUAUUGGAACGGGCGCCGAUCAUUUUGAAACGAUUAUAGCAUUAAGGGGAUCUCGUAAGCCACUUUAAUGCUUACGUUUUGUCGUAGAA